AGCAGCAAGGAAAUGCAAGGUGGAAAUCAGACUUCUGUGUCUCACUUCAUUUUGGUGGGCUUGCACUACCCACCACAAUUGGGGAUACCACUCUUCCUAGCUUUCCUUGUCAUCUAUGCCCUCACUGUCUCUGGCAAUGGCCUCAUCAUCCUCACUGUCUUUGUGGACAGCCGGUUCCAUCGCCCCAUGUACUGGUUCCUAUGUCACCUCUCCUUCUUGGACAUGACCAUUUCCUGUGCCAUUGUCCCCAAGAUGCUAGCUGGCUUUCUCUUGGAUAGUAGAGUUAUCUCCUUUGGGGGCUGUGUAAUCCAACUUUUUUCUUUCCAUUUCUUGGGCUGCACUGAAUGUUUCCUUUACACACUAAUGGCUUAUGAUCGUUUCCUGGCCAUUUGUAAGCCUUUACAUUAUGCCACCACCAUGACUCAUAGUGUCUGUAACUAUCUGGCUUUUGGCACGUGGCUGGGAGGCACCCUCCACUCACUUUUCCAGACAAGCUUCAUAUUCCGGCUGCCCUUCUGUGGUCCAAACAGGGUAGACUACUUCUUUUGUGACAUCCCAGCUGUGCUGCGUCUAGCCUGUGCUGACACCACCAUCAACGAGCUGGUCACCUUUGUGGACAUUGGAUUCCUGGCCCUCACCUGCUUUGUGCUUAUCCUUACUUCCUAUGGUUGCAUUGUGGCUGCCAUCCUGCAAAUCCGGUCCGUUGAUGGGCGCCGCAAUGCCUUCUCCACCUGUGGUGCCCACCUCACUGUUGUCAUUGUUUACUAUGUGCCCUGCACUUUCAUUUAUCUUCGUCCUGGCUCACAGGAACCCCUGGAUGCGGUGGUAGCUGUCUUCUACACUGUCAUCACUCCCUUGCUUAACCCCAUCAUCUACACACUCCGCAACAAAGAGAUGAAGGCAGCAUUAUGGAGGCUGGUAGGUCGCAAGGAUGUGCAGUCUCAUGAACUCCAUGCAUCAUAG